CAAAAAAGGGAAUACUUGAAGAACAAACACAAUGGCUAUGGCAACGUGGUACACAAUUCUGUCGGACUUUCAACUGGAAGCCCUUCACGAGCUGGCCUACGCCAUCAGGGAUGAUGCCGAAGUGGGCUCCACGGUCCACACCAAAAUCUGCCUCACGAAGCUGGGCCUAACGCCAAUGAUACAGUCGGCACCAUUGAAGAAACUUAUCUUCCUGAGCCGCAGCAGUACCCUGGCCUUUCUGUACUUUCUCCUGGAGGGCCAUUACAAGUCCUGUCGGCUGCCCCUGACCUACAGCGUACAGAUCCUCAUGUCCUGCAUCAUGUUUCUCGACCUCGAUAUAACUUUUCGGGAGCUCGAUCGUAUCCUACCGCAGGGAUAUGAGCCAUGCGUGAAGAAAAAGCAGGCGCCUCAGGUGUGUCCGAGGGUUGGGCCACGAAAGGAGCGGGAGGUAUCGAAGAACAAAUCCCCUUACUUCCAAAAGCAGCCAAGGCCUUCAAGUGGAGGGAGGGGACCGAACCGCUUUAGCUGUCAGCGUAGCAGCCACGUGGUGUCCUUUCCCUUCUGGCCAGUGGGCGAGAAGCCCACAUACAAAGUCAACGAUGCAGAGCGCUGGUUCGCCACCUACCAGUUCCAGCCGGUCAAGCGGAUGCUCCUGAAGCUCGUGUCCGACAUAAUGGACGAAUACUGGGAGAAGUUGAGCGUGGACGAGGCCAUUGAUGGGGAGGCGUCGCUGUGCAGGAAUCACGUGGAGACACUCCGCCAGGAGCAGCUCAUGAAGGAUGAGCUCGCGGUAAAGGCCCGCGACCGUUGCCUCGACCUUGUGGACCUCGCAGCAAGAGAGGAUGUUCGCCUGAAGAAACGUGUGAUCUCUCUUUUAGAAAAGGACAUUGAGGACUCUACGCUGCGCUGGGAGAAGCUCAAAGGAUUGCAGUACACGCAAGUGGGUCUCAUCAGGCAGCAGGGAAUUGUCCGCGGCGCUCGCACUGUGCCCACACCCGUUGGCCCCGCCAAAAUGAAGUAUAUGUGCCAGGAGGGAGAUAUCGCGCGUCUGGCGACAUCGAACACUGCUGCCGUUCAGGUGAUUACCGAAAAGAAGCGCCUGAGGACUGUGGCCGGGGCGCGUGUCUCCGAUCCCGAGGAGGAGCCAUGUCUGGCCUUUGCCACUGAGCUGGAGCUGCCCAAGUGUCCGCUCCCCCUUGAACAGAGUCACAGGAAAAGCGCUACCCGAUUCACGAAAAUGGAUAAGGAUUUGGAGGAUCCCUUCAGCGAGCAGAGGUCGGGCUUGCCUUGCCGAUUCUUCGAGGCAGCCACGCUGCACCGACCCUUCGUGUUCCACUACCAGGAGAUAUCGCCGGAUAAGCCAGAAACCCAACAGACUGUAAUGAGAAGGCAGGUCCUUCGCUCGUUGAAAGAUAUUCCUGAAGGUACAACUGCCAGCGCGGAGAGCAUCAGAUCGAGCUUCAAUCAUAGAGCACAGGUGGUCGAGGCAAUUGUUGAGUGCGCCCAGAGCAUGUGGUUCGGCUCCCUGGAGGCCCAUCAGCGACAGUGGGAGAAGGAGAACAAUUCGCCCAAGCCAUUGGGUCCCAAUUGCACGCCGGACAAGACUAAUCCCCUGUAUUGGGUCGAUGAUAUCAAGUACUUUGAUCCCAACAACAGCAAGCUGAUGGAGCGGCUGCUGCACGAUGCCUUCCGAGUCCUGCGCCGCGAUCCUCGGCUGGUGUUCGCUGCCUUCCCCAACUCCCACACGGCGGUGGUGGUCCAGGAGUGGAUCAAGCGGCGCUAUGGCAAGAUCUACUCCCACAAAGAGGUCGAAUUAAAUGCCAAGAAAGCGGAUCAAGCCUUUUUCGACGUGAUUUCCCAGCAAGCAAAUGCUCCCAGUGUCCAGAAGAAGGAACUCAUUGGGGACUUCAACUACAGCCAUGUCGUUAAGUUGGUGGACACGGCCACAAAAAUCAGGAACGAUUACUAUCACAACCUGAACGAGAAGCUGCUCUUGGAGACCCGCACCUGCUGGAGGGCCAUGCGUCCGCAGUUCCUCAAAUCGGCGACCCUAAAGAGCUGCUUCUUCGCCUAUCUACCCUCUCGUCAUGCGGAAUUGUUGCGCAGGUGAAGACUAUUUAUUAGCAAAUAUUAA